CUCCAUUUUCUUCGUAACUUCCAAUUUCGUUCUCUCUUCCUCUCUAUCUCAGAAAAAUGGCAAAAGGAACUUCUUCCAUGAGUUUGAGUUCUCUUCCUCUAACCCUAAUCUGCAUUGCCUACUUCUUGUUCUCCCCUCCAUCCGCAACAGUCACAGCCCAGUACGACGUCGUGUCACUCGGGGCCAAAGCCGAUGGUGAGUCGGACUCGAGCAAGGCCUUCCUUAGUGCCUGGUCCUCAGCCUGCGCCUCCUCCAGCCCUGCCACCAUCAAUGUCCCAGCCGGCAGCUUCUACAUCAAGAGCGCCACUUUUGACGGCCCUUGCAGGAGCACCGUCACAUUCAAGAUUGCCGGGACGCUCGUGGCGCCCUCCGACUACAGCGUGAUCGGGAGUACAGAUAAUUGGAUCAUCUUCCACCAAGUCAACGGACUGAAUGUUGUCGGAGGGGUCCUCGACGGGCAGGGCUCAGGCUUGUGGGCCUGCAAGGCCUCCGGGAAGGGCUGCCCUCAAGGUGCCACGAAUCUGGAGUUCAGCAAUUCGGAGAAUAUUUUCGUCAGUGGCUUAAGCUCGGUUAACAGCCAGAUGUUCCACAUAGUUGUCAACGGGUGCCAAAACGUGAAACUACAAGGCGUCAUGGUUUCUGCCUUGGGGACCAGUCCCAACACCGACGGCAUACACAUUUCGCAGUCGAAGGAUGUCACAGUCCUGAACUCGAAGAUAGGUACUGGGGACGACUGUGUCUCAAUUGGCCCAGGUGCAUCCAAUCUCUGGAUCGAAAAUGUUGCUUGUGGACCUGGCCAUGGAAUAAGCAUUGGGAGCCUUGGGAAGGACUCGCAGGAGGAAGGAGUGCAGAAUGUGACGGUCAAAACAGCAACAUUUACAGGCACGCAGAACGGGGUGAGGAUUAAGUCGUGGGCGAGACCUAGUACUGCCUUUGUGCGCAACAUCCAAUUCCAGCACGCAACCAUGAAUAAUGUCCAGAACCCCAUCAUCAUCGACCAAAACUACUGCCCAGACGAUGAUGAUUGCCCUCAUGAGGCAUCUGGUGUCAGGAUCAGUGAUGUGACUUACCAAGACAUCCAUGGGACUUCUGCGACGGAGGUUGCAGUGAAAUUUGACUGCAGUACGGAGUACCCCUGCACAGGUAUAACGAUGGAGGACGUAAAGCUCACUUAUCGGAGUCAGGUGGCGGAAGCCUCAUGUGAGAAUGCUGGAGGAACAGCUUCUGGCUCAGUACAACCCACCAGCUGCUUGUAAGCUUCGAAAUCAUUCGAAGCACCAUAUUUAUGAAAACCAUAAUAGAAAUCCUAUAUUCGAUGGUUCUACUAGAUAUAACAAGGUAGGAUCAUUUAGACAUAGAACAGAUUAGAUAUAGAGCACUGAUCAGGUGACUGAUUGGCGUACUUGAGCCUGUGGUGUGUCUGGCAUUUAUUUAGCUAGUUGAUUCGGCACCUGGCCUUGCAUAUAUCGCCUAAUCAGCUUAGUUCUUACGCGACAUGUCUUGGAAUAUACAAGCCUGGUUUAUUGAUAUCAUAUCUUUAAGUGCUAAU